CACUCCUUCUCGCUUUAAAGCUGACUACUCAAAUACUACUACUUGUAAUAACCUCUACACGAUAAUAUCACAAAAUGCAACAACAAUCAAAGGCCGUCCGAAAAUCAACUCUUACUACAACCGAUAAUAAUCUCCACAAGUUACUUCAACCAGAAUUGAUCCCAUCAUCACCAUCUUCUGUGUCAUCUUCCUCUUGUACUAUAAUCCCUUCUCUUGCUCCAACAAUGUCACCACCAUCUUCUCAACCUUCCAAGAAUUUGUGGUUCAGUCCUCAAGUUUUCUUACAAUCUUUCCCUGUAUUUCCACCUCCUACCAGAAAUCAAACUGUACAGCCAAUUCCUGUUGUCACUCCUGUAAUCCCUGCAACUAGUAUUACUACAACUGCAAACUCUAACAAAUUACCACAUACUUUGGAUAUUUCUGUUUUCCCAAAGCAAGAAAAACCAGAAAAACAAGAACUUAAGCUUGAAUCUGGUAUUCAAAAGAAGAGGAAAACAAAGAGAAACAAGAUUGACAUUCCUCUUAAUGAUUUGAUUAGAUACAUGACACUUCCACAAAGUGUUGCUGCUAAAAAGUUAAACGUUUCUUUGAGUACCCUUAAACGGCGGUACUAUGAAUUAGUAAUGGAAUUGGAAGGAAGUAAUGUAAAUAGUAAUAAGAUCAAAUGGCCUUCAAUGCCAACUAACUAUCAUGAAAUGGCUUCUGUCACUGAAGAAGUUGUUCCUGCUGAACAGAAGACUUCAUUGAAGUACAUUUUGAAUAGAUACGAUGCUCACGAUAAUACUUUUGUUGAUACAUUAUCAAUGACUGUACUCAACUUUAGUUUCAAACAAAACUCUGAAAAGUUAAAUUAAUAUUCUCAUCAAUAGUUGCAAUAAACCAUAGCCAAUAACAGCAGAAUUGCUGUUGUGAUUGAUUUGCCAU